GCGAGAGAGGGAAGGUGGAGGUCGUGGGCUCGUGGCUGGUGGGGAACUGGGGAUCUUCGCAAUGGUGCCAAAGCUUCAGCGUUCACCUCGCGUCGCACCAUAGUUGCUCGACUUCAUGCUGCUGCUGCCGAGGAAAGGAAGAGGACGGGAGUGCACUGACAUUUAGCAGUUGUCUUCCUGUUUUUUCUUGCUACAUCAAUGGCCAAUGUGCCAUCAUCAUGUUCGAUGUCACCUCAAGGAUCACCUACAAGAAUGUUCCCACCUGGCACAGGGAUAUCAGCAGGGUGUGUGAGAACAUCCCGGUUGUCCUGUGCGGCAACAAGGUGGAUGUGAAGAACCGGCAGGUGAAGGCCAAGGCAGUGACUUGCCACAGGAAGAAGAACCUCCAGUACUACGAGAUCUCUGCCAAGAGCAACUAUAACUUCGAGAAGCCUUUUCUGUACCUUGCAAGGAAGCUCGCAGAGUGGGUAUUGUCGUUAUUCUGUAGCAACUAG